AUGAACUAUUUCUUUGUUCCGUUAAUUGAAUCUGAAAAUGGUUCAGGGAGGUUCAAAGCCGGCUAUAAUAAUAAUGACUUGGUAACCCAAACAAAAGUCAACUAUUUACCUUAUGGUAUUGACUUUGCCAGGGGUCCGACCGGCCGGUUCACCAAUGGUCGCACUAUUCCCGAUUUUCUUGCUGAAUUUCUGGGUUUUAAGGAUUUUAUCCCGCCGUUCGCCGGAUCAUCUCCGACACAAGUGUUUUCCGGUGUAAAUUAUGCAUCUGGAGGAUCCGGAAUCCUCGACGAAUCCGGCAAACAAGGGGGCGAUAACAUCGAAUUUAAUAGACAAAUACUAAAUCAUUUGGGGGCGAUAACGAGGGCAUUCGUACCGAAGCAGCAACUGGAGGAGUGUUUAUACACAAUUAGCAUGGGAAGCAACGAUUACAUUAAUAACUACUUUAUGUCUCCACCGUUCUUGUCCGGUAUCUCGUUCACUCCCGACCAGUUCGCCGAUAUUCUCAUCCGACGAUACACUUCUCAAUUGAAGGUGUUGUAUAUCCUCGGAGCAAGGAAAGUCGCACUGUUUGGAAUAUCGAAACUCGGCUGCAUUCCACGGAUAGUCGCCACCCGAGGUGACGGCAAUGGCUGCGCCGAGGAUGUCAACGCUGCAGUCGAGGUAUUCAACACUAAGCUCAGAGCUCUGGUCGACGAUCUCAACCAAAGCCUCGCCGGUACCAAAUUCACUUACGUCGAUAUGUUCAACACCAAAGAUCUCGCAUCCUUAGGGUUGAGGAACGAGAGUUGUUGCACGGUCGACCCGGCACAAGGUCUAUGUGCAGCGAACCGGUCGGCUUGCGAAGAUCGGUCCAAAUACGCGUAUUGGGAUGCCUUCCACGGAACAGAGGUUGUGUACUCAGUCGAAGCGAAGUCUGCCUUCACCGGCCAAACAGCUUCUCCGUACAGUAUUGCCGCACUUGUUAGUUAACAAACCAAUCAAUAUAU